ACAAAUUGGAACGAGGUGACUAUUUAACAUAUCCUUGGUAACCAAGCAAGAGAAUUUUGUCGGACUAUUUGUGCAUAGUACCAAAGGGCCACUUUAAGUUCCGGUCCUCCGUGUCCGUGAAGCCGCCAGAAUCGCCGUCUGGAUUCAAGAGAAGAAAAAUCAGAUUAUAAGAGAGGUUCUAAAGGCAUGCCUCUCCUUGUAAGUGCUCAAGGCAAGAUGGAAAAUAUGCUGUAUGCGGAGGAGCUUGUCAGGGAAUUUCUAGUAUUCAGAGGCUUUACAAACACUCUGCAGGCUUUUGUCAAAGAGUUGGGAACUGAUAUUGGCAAAGGAUUUCAAGUUGAUAAGAUAUUAGAUUUAAUUUUCUCCAUCUACGUGCCCAAAUUCCAAGCUGAAAACCUGAUUGAACUCCUUCGCUUUUUCAAGCAGUGCUUUUCUUCUCAUGAGACAGAACUUAUUUCUACCAUAUCAGACUUAGAUGUCUGUAUUAUACGGUAUUAUAUCAUUCAUGCCAUACAAGCUGGCAGAAAGGACAAAGUGAUAGAGUUGUUUGACAUACAUGGGUGUGAAUUGCUGCAAAAAAACCCAGUGUGGGCAUCAUGGUUUGCAAUUCCAUAUAUUAAAACUCCUCAAUCCGAACCCCAGUUCCGGGUAUACUUUUCUAAGGAGUGGUCCAAUGCGUUGCAUCUAUCUCUUCGAAAUUUUCUGAGCAAGAUGUUUAAUGGCACUCGUAUCCCUGCGUUAAUGAAGAUCAGUUCUGAAAGCAACAUGGUGAGUCGCCUCAAAGGAGACAUCAAGCAACUUAAUUUCAAACUUGCGCAACUUCAAGUAUUGUUGGAGGAGAAAGAGACUCAACAUCAGUUAAGGAGUAAUGCCUUGUUAGCGACGCAAGUCACUGUAGGGACUAACAGCUCAUCAAAUCCUCUUGCUGGUUCCGGGGAACCCACAGUUUUCGGACCUGCAGCAUCUCAUGAUAUUUGUGUCUAUCCAACUCCACAAGCGGGUGAAAGAGAACCUAAACACAUUGAUGAUAUCAGGCCUGAUGAUACUCACGUUUCAACUUCUAAAAUUAGUUGUCACAGUAGUCAGAGUGAGAGAAACACUGGAAAUGAAGCGCAGAGAGAAGAAGAAUUCCCUGAAGUGAGAGUAGACUUCCAGGAGACAUUCUUAGGCCACACAAGUCCAAUAAGUCGUUGCCGUUUUUCUGCUACUGGGGACAAUGUUGCUAGUGCUUCUGUGGAUGGGACAGUUAGGAUAUGGACAUAUGACUCAUCAGCACCAGCAUCAAGAAAUGCAACUAUCUAUUGUGGGGCAGAGAUCAUGUCACUUGAGUGGGAGUGCAAAUCUGACCGUUUGCUUCUCAUAGGCACAGCUGAUGGAGGAAUCAAAGCAUGGAAUGUCGAUGCUAAGCGUGUUGUUUGUGAUCUUAGCUGCACAGAAGCAUUCCCAAGCGUGUUGGAUUUAAAAUGCAGCCCUGUGGAGCCAAUUUUUGUGUCUGCUGCAGCAUCGAGAGGGCCUGGUUCGAGUGACAUUGGUAAAUUGGGCUGUGCUUCUUUAACUGUCUGGAACAUGAGGACGUGGAAAGCCAUGACAGUCCUUCCUCUUGGUGAAGAUCCACCUCCAAUUACUUCAGUAUGCUUCAAUCACAAUGGAAAACUUUUAGCAGCUGCAGCUACUGAUGGAAUGAUACACAUGUUUGAUAUGUCUGCUGGCUUGCAAAUUAUUGGAUGGCCAGCACAUGAUUCGGCAAUUAGUUCUGUUUUGUUUGGUUCUGAUGAGACAAGCAUUUUCACUUUGGGUAUGGAUGGAAAGAUAUUUGAGUGGAGUUUGCAGAAUCAAGGCAAAGUACUUUGGUCAACAGAUUGCAGCAGAUUCUAUAACCUUCAGAGUCUGUCACACUAUAAGCAUGAAAUGGCUCUCGAUGCUGAUGGAAGAAAACUUCUUGUGACAUCCAACUCCCUGAGGGCGCCUAUAUACCAGGUCCGAGGUCAUCCAUAUGGGAUGAGAACUCUUCCUCACAGUGCAUCUAUAACAACAGUAGACUGGCAUCCGACAUCACCCGUCUUCUUGACUGGAUCUGCAGAUCACUCUGUUCGGGUUACAUCUAUGGCAUGACGACUAAAGUAGUUGAAUUGAAAAUGUAAUAUUUAUUCGGUUAUCCAGUAUCUAGGUGGACCUUGAAAGCUCUGUCCAUUUUAAAGUUUGAUUACAGCCAUUAGGCAAAGGGAUCAUCAAAAGCAGAGAACAGAAUAUAAAGGUGGUAGCUCGGUCUACAUGAGGCUUACGGAAAUAUUAAUGAAAAAAAAAAGGACAGAGAAGAAGAGAGGUCGUGCUUCAUGGACUCUUUGGGUACCUUAGAUUGUACGAUAAUGGAACAAUUGGUUUUGCUUAAUGCAAUCAGCAUCUGAACCUCAAUCCGAUACAUCGAGAAGGGAUAAGCGUCGAAUAAUUGAAUACAUUGAUAAUGGUUGCUUGAUGUACUUGGUGUUCUUAUAUCAUAGCCAGUGUUUUGAUUGUUCUACAAGAAA